AUGGCGACAACAGGCACAUCGUCGUUAUCUAUGCGCUUGGGGGAUGUCUGGCACGUCCUUGCACUUCGAAGCGAUGUGGAAGAUAUCAUCAAGGAAUUGUUAGGCCAUUUCUCGUUGGAGAAAAUAUAUGCAGAAGGUGAUAAGGAAUCAUAUCAGGCCCUAACGACGACGUUGCUUUCGCAGUUGAAUGCCAUUUUCUACAUCCAGCGUCUGUCACUGCCAGCAGAAAACAUAAAUACAGGGCCAUAUCUUAGUUUUCUGGCGAGUUGGGAAACAACCCUGCGAUGUGUGGAAUUUGUUGUACAAAUUAUUGAAGAGGGCCGUGAGAGUCUGUGGGAAGUUCGACGGCUACGGGACCAUCACCUCGCCGAAUUCCUUUUGCUGUGUCUACGAUUCCUGUCACUGCAUCCGAAAGCGCCAGCAGGCCAACGGGCAAAAGAUCGCCGAGAACGAUUCUCUCGCAUACAUAGAUCCCUGGAGCGUGUUUAUGAUAGCUACUCAGGCCCAAAGUCAUUUCUGUUGCAGCUUUGUAAAGAAGUAACAUUCUCUUUACGUAACGAUCCUGAUUCGCUAGCGCUUCCCUCAAUAUAUAGAUAUGAACUACCGAAUCUAGGAAUAGAAUUGUACCCUCUUGCCCCCUGCUUGUUAUCAGAGUCGGUCUCUACAAUCGUUCCAGAAGAUGGAUCAUCUGACGAUUGGUUAAGUCAGUUCAUGGCUCUACGGGAUGUCACUCACUUUGUUGUAGGGGCAAACAUUCAAUAUGCAGUUAAUACAAGGACACGAAAUACUCAACUGCAGGAGGUAUCUUCCGAAACUCGAAAUGCAGUCUUGACCUCUCUCGACAAUAUCAAGUUGCCGCAUCAUUUUUCCAAAGCAGAUUUAAUUGCAGCGUUCAUCAACAGUUUUCGAAUUGUGCUUCCAAAUACACCCAACGUUACAACACAAAACUCUUCUGAGUUUGAUGAUGAUGAGAGCACGGUUGACGCUCUAGCUGCCCUCUAUCAAAGGCUUAGUGCUCGCCGAUUGAUUUGCCGUGUGAGUGAUAGGGAAGUAGUUCAUAGCAUAACGGAAAUCACUCGGAACAUUGCUCUAUUUGAUGAUCCCAGCGGACAAUUCAGAGCAACCCGCCCCAGACUGUUUGUUUUAAAUUGUCGAAGGUGCCACUUCGUAGGAUAUUCCCAGCUAAGACAUUUGGAAAAUAUUAAUCUUCCACUUGAUUUGGGAGAAACCUCAGAAAUUUCUCUGCCUCAAGGGACAAAUUGUAGACACUGCGGAGACGCUGUGACAAUGGCUCGUGAGAUACAACUUGCCCUGCGUACCUGGGAUCUUCUCUCCCACAUUGAAUCCAAUGCUGAUACAAUCAGUGUUGAGAGACACUUGCCAACCCAAUUCCAACUACUACCUCCCAAGACUGAAAGUAGUAGUCCUUUCCCGUCAUAUAAUAAUCUAACCAACCCAGGGAGCCCGAGACCACAGGAUAUAAUUUCGCCCAAUUCAGCUCGAUUUGAGCGCCCCACCACAGCCCUUCUCACACAAUCACCCCCUUUUACUCCUGGGAUCCGUCACAGAUUUGAUGCUCCUCGAAACGAAUUUUCGCCUAUGGACAGUUUGACAGCUAUCAACGAAAUAGGAGACACUCUGGGCCAAGCCAACGCGGCGGAUUCACAAGUGUCACUCGGUUCUCCCGAAUUCUCUAGCCAGGGAGCGAAUCUACCCAAGCUUGAGAAAAAUAUCUCCACAACAACAUUUGAAUCCGUCCCAUUUUUCCGAUCGCGAACAUUACAGUCCCCUGGAGUGUCUGAUAGAGGGAAAAGUGGUUGGAGAAAACUGGGCACUAGAAAGGAAUCCAUUGCAGCUUCUGGAGAUACAAGCUCUCUUUCAUCAUCGCUUUUGGAGUCACAAAAGCUAGACGAAAUCCCUCUGAAAAGCCUAGCCAAUGCGAUGAAGAGCGUGAAAGGAAGAUUUGCCAAAAAUACCAACGUUUAUCUUUCUCAAAAUUCAACAUUUGCCCUCUUCUGGACUCAAACCACGAUACAUCUGUGGGAUGUUGGAACAUCCCCGCCCACCAUGAAACGCGCAUUUUCAACAGACAGUACGUGCCUUCUUGCAGCAGUUACGAAAAUGUACCUGGCAUACGUGAUUGGCACCCGCGAUAAUAAACUUACGCUUCGGAUAAUUAACCUUACUGAUGCAUCAGCACCUGUUGUUGAGUACCGUAUGUCUUCAACAUUAUGGUGCAAGUGCAUAACAGUUUGCCCAAUGGAGAACUACGUCGUGAUCGGAUUUGAAAAUUCUAUUGUUCGGUUCUUUAAGACAACAGACUCGGAAGCCCCUCGAGAAGACCGGCUCCAUGGCCUUUUCCAUAGAAAUUGUACAACCUGUACAUUGGACACUCUUUCAUUUUCCAGAGACGGGCUUGUGCUUCUUGCCAGUACCCGAAAUGCUAAAGGCGUCAUCCAAAUAUUUGAAUGGAAGUUUCCCUUCGUGGUAUUUCACGAACUACCCGCUUGCAGAUACUAUGUACCGUUACACGAAUCCGAGGAUAAUGGAAUAUCAGCUGCAAUGUUCCGAUCUUCGCGUCGAGGAGAUGACCUAGUGUGCAUCUCGACGUGGACACAGUCAGGGGUGCCUAUUCUAACCCACCCUCAAGAGGGGAAUAAAACUGAAGUCAAGGAUAGUACCGGCCGCCAUGGGAAACUUGGUAACAGGAUACAAUGUGCUUCCUUCUCUCCAUCUGGUUCUGAGCUCGCCAUGGUAAACGACCAGGGUUAUCUGUAUCAGAUUACCAAUCUAGACUCGAGUCCUAUUGAUAUCAAAAGAUUGGCCACAUCCAGAGAACUCACGACGAAAUCUGACUCAUUUGCCAUGUCGUAUAUGACCAUGACUGAUGAAGAUGCCAUUAUCAUGGCUUGGAUUGACUCAUCAAAAGGAGUAGCAUAUGUCAAAAGGGUACCAGUAACAGCCCAAGGAGAUAUCGAAGCCUCAAUGGUUGCUAUGCCACAGAAACCACCAUCACCUAAGUAUGAGUUAGCGGAAAGUGGUAGGGAUCCUCCACAGAUGCAGGAGCUGCCGCGACAGGUGUCAUUAUCACUACUACCAAAAAGAAGCGUAAAGCCAGCAGUCGAACUGCCCGCAGACCCCCCUAGGUUUUUAAGUCGGUUUCGGGGAAUGACUAGAUAA